GAAGGUUAAAGAAGAAAGCUUUAUUAUUCAUUAUCACUCGGCGUAAUAGCACUACUAGUUUUUGAGGUGUAAUAACCUUCGUCAACGAAAAAUUGGCACUUUCCCCUCUUUCACUGACAAUUUCUGACUCAAAACACUCUCCCUCCUUAUGGUCCCUGUCUAAAAUGGCUUCAUCCCUUUUAACAAGGUCUCUCUUUGGCGCCCAUCGCUUGAUUCACUCCUCUUCUUCUUUCUCUCAAACUCAAAAACCCCGAUUUUUCACUUCUCUUGUUAAUAUAUUGGUUUUAUAGCUUGGGGCAUAGUCUCUGUUGCAAAAUUACUGAAAUUGUGGUUUUCUCCAAAGGUGCAAAGCUGAAAACAUUAUUUCAUUUACCAACGAACCCUGCCCUCACAAUUUAUAAAACAUCUCAUCGGAUUCAUCGCGUUAUGGCUUCCUCAGUAGCAGGGGAAAGAACUAGUUUCUCAACAAAAUAUGUAUCUGUGAAUGACCCUGUUGUUUCUGUUGAUUGGCUCCGUGCUAACAUCAAGGACCCUAACUUGAAGGUGUUGGAUGCAUCUUGGUACAUGCCCGAUGAGCAAAGGAAUCCACUUCAAGAAUAUCAGGUUGCUCACAUUCCUGGUGCUCUUUUCUUUGAUGUAGAUGGAAUAUCAGAUCGCACAACAAAAUUACCACACAUGUUGCCGUCAGAGGAAGCCUUUGCUGCAGCUGUUUCUGCUCUUGGCAUCAAGAACAAAGAUGAUCUAGUUGUGUAUGAUGGGAAGGGGAUUUUUAGUGCAGCUCGGGUUUGGUGGAUGUUCCGAGUUUUUGGGCAUGAUAGAGUUUGGGUUUUAGAUGGUGGCUUGCCAAGAUGGCGAGCAUCAGGAUAUGAUGUUGAAUCCAGUGCUUCAGGAGAUGCUAUUUUGAAGGCUAGUGCUGCCAGUGAGGCAAUAGAGAAAGUUUAUCAGGGACAGGUGGUUGGUCCAAUUACAUUUGAGACAAAGUUUCAGCCACAUCUUGUGUGGACACUUGACCAGGUUCAAAGUAACAUCGAGAACAAGACACACCAACUUAUAGAUGCCCGAUCAAAACCCAGGUUUGAUGGAGCUGUUGCAGAACCUCGAAAGGGUAUAAGAAGUGGUCAUGUUCCUGGAAGCAAAUGUGUUCCUUUUGCACAGGUUUUGGAUGCAUCUCAGUCACUCUUACCCGCAGAUGAACUGAAAAAACGGUUCGAUCAAGAAGGCAUCUCUCUGGAUAGCCCUGUUGUUACAUCAUGUGGCACCGGCGUAACUGCUUGUAUUCUUGCUUUGGGUCUUCAUCGGCUUGGCAAGCCUGACUUUGCUGUGUACGAUGGCUCAUGGACUGAAUGGGGAGCACAUUCAGACACGCCCGUCAACACUUCUCAGUAAACUAUACAAUGCGCGGAUGAUUGGAUUUUCCCAAACCACAGCUCGGACAGCGAAAAGAUUGUAACAAGAAUAACUGAAACAACAUUGUUUUUUCGUGUCUUGUAAUUAAUGAACAUGCAUUGCACCACAGCCUGUUUUCAUAGUUGAAAGAGGCCUAAGCAUUUUGGUUUUGUUUAUUUGAAAGAUAAUAAAUUAAUGAUCUUUUUGUUGGAACAUAAAUGAGAAGAAGUGGGCAACAUAUUCAAAAGUUUCA